CACUUCUCAUUUUCAAACUUUGUAUUUUCUAGAAGCAUCAGAUGGAGAAAGAGGAGGUGACAUAGAAAUGAUACAGCAUGAGAAAGCUCCAAGUCCUGCCCCAUCAAAGAAAACCAAACAGCCAAAAGAAUGUUUCUUAAUACAACCAAAAGAAAAAAAAGAAGAUGCCACCAAGAGCAGGAAGAGAAAAAAGAAGAAAAUUACUGAUAUUCUUGCCAAAUCGGAGCCUAGACCAGGUACACCUGAAGACCUACAGAAGCUGAUAAAGGACUAUUAUAGCAACAAUCGCUCAGUGAUUGAAUUAGAAGAACUGAACCUACCAGACUCCUGUUUCCUCAAAGCCAAUGAUUUGACUCACAGUCUUUCAUCAUACCUAAAAGAAAUCUGUCCUAAGUGGGUAAAACUUCGGAAAAACCACAAUGAGAAGAAGUCAGUCCUGAUGCUGAUCAUCUGCAGCUCUGCCAUCCGAACCCUGGAGCUCAUCAGAUCGAUGACAGCAUUCAAAGGAGACAGUAAAGUUAUGAAAUUAUUUGCAAAACACAUAAAGGUCCAAGAGCAGGUAAAGUUACUGGAGAAGCAUGUGGUGUACCUGGGUGUGGGAACUCCAGGGAGAAUUAAAGAACUUAUUAAACAAGGAGGCCUUAAUUUGAACCCCUUAAAGUUUCUGGUUUUUGACUGGAACUGGAGAGAUCAGAAGUUGAGGAGAAUGAUGGACAUUCCUGAGAUAAGAAAGGAACUUUUUGAACUUCUAGAAAUGGGAGUACUCAGUCUAUGCAAGUCAGGAUCCUUGAAGCUGGGCCUUUUCUAAAUCUGGUCCUGAUGAAGUUUCCAGUUUUCACAUUGGAGUUUGCAUCUUUUUUAAUGGCUCUGACACAUUGCAAACGCUCUAUAAAUAUCAACAAUGAUGUUAGUUGUAUCACCCAAUGGACCGCGGGGAACAUUUAAGGAAGAUUCUUUGACAGAAAUGAAUCUGUGCCUUUACAAACUCCCUCAUUUAAUAAAGAAUUGCUGGCUUGUGUGUGUUUUUUGUUGAGCAAACUGAGUUUUUCUGUCACCAAACUGGCCUGUGCUAUGACUGUACAGGAGACAGGAAAGAGCAGUUGGGUGACCUGAGGCCAGCCUCUUCCUUCUCUGAGCCCCAGUCUCAUCAACUGAGAAAUAGGAAGGCUACCUCCCAAGAUUGUUGAGGAUUCCAUGAGAUGGUACAUAUGGAGCAGAUUUGUAAAGUGAAGUAUGGUCCCAGUGUGAAGUGUGGCCACGGAAGCUAGAAAGAGCCACAAGUGAAUUUGGCACUUUGUAAACACAGAAAAGACAGUAAUACAACUACAUCUCUAUUAUUCAUUUAUGUUGUUUAACUGUUUACUUUGAAGUAAUCUCAGAUUUACAGAAUAGUUACAAAAAUAAUAUAGAUCA